UCUUAAGCGGGCCGGAAAACUUCUUCCUAUCCGCGGUGUAAUCGCAAUAAUUUGAUAUCGCUGAUCCGAUUACGCGUCAUAAGCCGCUAUCGAGGAACCCAACCGGCGGCCCGGCACGGUUCACGGUUCCCUCGCUGAAGCGUCGCGGACGAGAGAGCGGCGUGCCGCUCCUACCGCUCGCGUCUACCCGGGGUCCGCGGACGAGCGGGCCCAAAGAGUACGCGCGGGUACAAACGGGCCCGGAUAAGCCGCCGCGCUUACGUGACGCUUCUAUAAAUCUCAUUCGUCGCAUUCGUCGUCACAUUCGCACGUUUUCGCGCAGCGAGUGUCUUUUUUUUCCCGUAAAGUUUGCAAGGGACAUUGUAUACAUCCUACCUAUAUCUCCGGACAAUACCAAUGUGUCAGACGUCGUGACUUUUAACAGCCAGCCGUCGAUUUUUUUUUCGGGUGCGCGUAAUUCAAGGCUAACACGCGUGGUCCCUCACGGUCCACCGGAGUGCGAAGAAACGACUCUCCGAGCACCAAGUGUCGUCGAAGUAACACGCAAAGUGGAUUUACUUGCAACCAGGCCCGCGGCAUUAUGGACUACUCGUAUCUGAAUCAGGCCGCGGCCGCGGCAGCGGCCGGUUUCGAGGCCUCCAGCUGCGCUUUGGCCGCCGGCGAGAUGCAGUGUAGUUACGGGGACCUGAGCUCGUGCUCGCAGAUGAGCCAAGCGGCGUAUCGUUACACCGCGGCACGGGCCGCCGGGUAUCCCGGUAACGCGGCCGCUGCCGCCGGCGCCGCGGCCGGCGGCACGCCGCUGACGGCCCAUCACACCGCCCACCCCCAUGCCCACACGCACCACGGGGCCCAUUCGACCCCCUGCUCCGUAAUGGCCGCCAGGUCCCAGGAAGUCCAUCGGCACGCCGCCUCCAUCUUCCCGUCGGCCAUCAAUCUUCAGA